UUACACUGUCACCUUCAGUCACACCAGGAGUAUUAACACUGUCACCUUCAGUCACACCAGGAGUAUUAACACUGUCACCUUCAGUCACAGCAGGAGUAUUAACACUGCCACAUUCAGUCACACCAGGAGUAUUAACACUGUCACAUUCAGUCACACCAGGAGUAAUAACACUGUCACCUUCAGUCACACCAGGAGUAUUAACACUGUCACCUUCAGUCACACCAGGAGUAUUAACACUGUCACCUUCAGUCAUACCAGGAGUAUUAACACUGUAUCCUUCAGUCACACCAGGAGUAUUAACACUGUCUCCUUCAGUCACAGCAGGAGUAUUAACACUGUCACCUUCAGUCACACCAGGAGUAUUAACACUGUCACCUUCAGUCACACCAGGAGUAUUAACACUGUCACCUUCAGUCACACCAGGAGUAUUAACACAGUCACCUUCAGUCAUACCAGGAGUAUUAACACUGUCUCCUUCAGUCACAGCAGGAGUAUUAACACUGUCACCUUCAGUCACACCAGGAGUAUUAACACUGUCACCUUCAGUCACAGCAGGAGUAUUAACACUGUCUCCUUCAGUCACACCAGGAGUAUUAACACUGUCACAUUCAGUCACACCAGGAGUAUUAACACUGUCACCUUCAGUCACAGCAGGAGUAUUAACACUGUCUCCUUCAGUCACACCAGGAGUAUUAACACUGUCUCCUUCAGUCACACCAGGAGUAUUAACACUGUCACAUUCAGUCACAGCAGGAGUAUUAACAAUGUCACCUUCCACUAGGACCUGGACAAACAUCUCACUUUGCACUCUACAUCUUGUGAUCUGUGUGUGUGUGUGUGUGUGUGUGUGUUUGUGUGUUUGUUUGUAUGUGUGUGUUUAGGUCUUAAUGAAGGGAGUGUGUUCCUGACGUGUGAUCUAGUGCUUAAGUAAACCAAGGAAACAAGACAUUAGGGAGAGAAAUAGGGAGAAAUAAAGGAGAAGACGAGGGAGUCAGAGAGGAAAGGGAAGGAGGGAGUCAGGGAGGAAAGGGAAGGAGGGAGGUGACUGUAGAGAGAACCGGGACAGACUACAGCCAGACGACCUUCAGUCUACAGAGAAGAGAGACAUGAAGUACCGUUAUCAAGAUGAGGAGUCUCCGCCCCUGGACCAUAGCCCUGCCCACCUGACCUCUGGACGCAGCGGAGAGUUCAACCAAUCACAGCUGGACGGAUACACAAACCUGGCACCUAUCAUGAUGAAUGGAUCAGAAGGAGAGGUGGAGUAUGAAGAGAUUACACUGGAGAGGGGUAAUGCUGGCCUGGGGUUCAGCAUAGCAGGAGGAACAGACAACCCCCACGUUGGAGAUGACCCAUCGAUCUUCAUCACCAAGAUCAUACCUGGAGGAGCUGCCGCACAGGACGGGAGACUCAGGGUUAAUGACAGUGUCAUACUAGUGAAUGAUGUUGAUGUGCGAGAGGUGACACACAGCAUGGCGGUGGAAGCUUUGAAGGAGGCAGGGCCUGUUGUACGACUCUACAUCCUGCGGAGGAAGCCACCCAUGGAGAUGGUUACACAAAUGAAACUGGUUAAAGGACCCAAAGGUCUUGGCUUCAGCAUUGCAGGAGGAGUGGGCAACCAGCACGUCCCAGGUGACAACAGCAUUUACGUGACCAAAAUCAUAGAGGGAGGAGCGGCGUUUAAAGAUGGACGCCUGCAGAUAGGAGACAAGAUCCUGGCUGUGAACCAGGUGUGUCUAGAAGAUGUGAUGCAUGAGGACGCUGUAGCAGCUCUGAAGAACACGGGAGAGGUGGUUUACCUCAGAGUGGCCAAACCAUCCAACAUGUUACAGUAUAGCCCCCCUGAUAUCACCUCAUACAUGGACCCAGACAUGGGCCCUAACUACCUAGAUUACCCCCAGUCCUCUUUGCCUCCACCUUCACCAAGACGCUACUCCCCCAUUCCACAUGGCAUGAUGGGAGAUGACGACAUCCCCAGCCGAGAGGCUCGACGUGUUUGUAUCCACCGAGGGUCAACCGGUCUGGGUUUUAACAUUGUGGGAGGUGAAGAUGGAGAGGGGAUCUUCAUCUCCUUUAUCCUAGCUGGAGGGCCUGCCGACCUCUCAGGGGAACUACAUAAGGGAGACCAGAUCAUGAGUGUGAAUGGUGUGGAUCUGAGACAUGCGACGCAUGAACAGGCUGCAGCAGCUCUGAAAAACGCUGGACAGACUGUCACUAUCAUCGCACAGUACAGACCUGAGGAGUACAGCAGGUUUGAAGCUAAGAUUCAUGACCUGAGAGAACAGAUGAUGAACAGCAGCAUGACUUCUGGAACCCUGCGGGCCAACAGAACAUUCUAUGUCAGGGCCCUGUUUGACUAUGAUAAGACGUCCGACUGUGGCCUCCUCAGCCAGGCUCUGGGGUUUAACUUUGGAGAGGUUCUCCAUGUGACGGACUGCAGUGAUGAGGAGUGGUGGACUGCCAGGAGGCUGGGACCCCAAGGAGAACUGGAGGACGUGGGGUACAUACCCAGCAAACGCAGGGUGGAGAGGAAGGAAUGGUCACGUAUGAAGAACAAGGACCGCAGCAGCUUUGUUCAGAGUUAUGAGGCUGUCACACAGAUAGAAGUUCACUAUGCCAGGCCCAUCAUUAUCCUGGGACCGACUAAGGACAGAGUUAAUGAUGACCUUCUCUCUGAGUUCCCCGACAGGUUUGGCUCCUGUGUUCCCCAUACAACCCGUCCCCAGAGGGAGUAUGAGGUGGAUGGGCGGGACUACCACUUUGUGUCGUCACGGGAACAGAUGGAGAAGGACAUCCAAUCCCAUCGCUUUAUAGAGGCUGGUCAAUACAAUAGCCACCUGUAUGGAACCAGCGUACAGAGUGUCCGCAUGGUGGCAGAGCAGCAGGGGAAGCACUGCAUCCUGGAUGUAUCAGCCAAUGCUGUCAGAAGACUUCAGGCGGCUCAGCUUCAUCCCAUUGCUAUCUUCAUCAGACCACGUUCCCUGGAGAAUAUACUUGAUCUUAACAAGCGACUGACAGAGGAACAGGCCAGAAAAGCUCUGGACAGGGCAGUUAAACUGGAACAGGACUUUAUAGAAUGCUUCUCAGCUAUCGUAGAAGGGGGGAGUUUUGAAGAGGUCUAUCACAUGGUGAAGACUGUGAUCGAGGAGCAAAGUGGACCAUACAUAUGGAUACCAGCUAGAGAACGUCUAUAGAGGAGGAGACAGAAGGAGGAAUGGAGAGGAGAAGAGGAGAGCAGCAGAGGAGUUCAUACACCUGGGUUGUAUAAAAAGACUCAUGAGACCACCACCUUGACUACUGUUUAUAAGGAUACUGUCACCACAAUUGCUGUGGAUACCAUCUCCCAGACAACGACAGAGAGAGAAAGAGAGAGGGAGAUAGAGCUACUGUAAGAGAGAGAAGAUCCACAUUCUCUGCCUUCAUGUCUCUUGUCUGGAUCUGGGAAGAAAGGACUGUUUCUAAAGGACACUUACCAUGCAGUCAACCUCAGACAGAGGAUGAGAGAGUAUGCUUUUCUCUCUAAAUAAUAGAUUGAGAGAUAGAAGGACGAAAAAUAUAUUUAUAAAAAUGCAAAAAAAGUAUUCUGUAAUAUGUUCUCUAUCUCUGUCAGAGUGCAUCCCAAUGAGGGCCUAUUCCUGAUGUAGUGUACUACUUCUCACCCUACUCCCUUUGUCUCACAACCUACUCCCUAUGUCUCACACCCUACUCCCUUUGUCUCACAACCUACUCCCUUUGUCUCACAACCUACUCCCUAUGUCUCACACCCUACUCCCUUUGUCUCACAAACUACUCCCUUUGUCUCACAACCUACUCCCUAUGUCUCACAACCUACUCCCUAUGUCUCACACCCUACUCCCUAUGUCUCACACCCUACUCCCUAUGUCUCACAAUCUACUCCCUAUGUCUCACAAUCUACUCCCUAUGUCUCACACCCUACUCCCUAUGUCUCACACCCUACUCCCUAUGUCUCACACCCUACUCCAUAUGUCUCACACCCUACUCCCUAUGUCUCACAAUCUACUCCCUUUGUCUCACACCUUACUCCCUUUGUCUUACACCCUACUCCCUAUGUCUCACAACCUACUCCCUAUGUCUCACAACCUACUCCCUAUGUCUCACA